AUGGCACCACAGGAGCAGGACCGUCACGCUUUCUAUGCGGGGAAGCCCCAACCCGACUCGGAAUCCCCAGGCACCUUCCAGUCCAUCGAUCCUGCCACGGCGAAGCCCGUCUGUACCAUCCACACCACCUCAUCCUCCGGCAUCAACGCUGCCGUCGAUGCCGCAAAGGCUGCCUUCCUCUCAUGGUCCAGUACGCCCCCCAUUGAGCGCUCUCGCAUCCUGCUCAAGGCCGUCGCCCUCCUCCGCGAGCGCAACGACGACCUGGCCAAGAUCGAGACCCUCGACACCGGCAAGGCCUUCUCAGAGACUCAGUACGUCGACGUCGUGACCGGCGCCGAUGUCCUCGAGUACUUCGCCAACCUCGUCGCCAGCGGCGGCCUCAACGGCGAGUCCUUCCGCCUGAGGAACUCCGCCUGGGUCUACACCACCAAGGAGCCCCUCGGCGUCUGCGCGGGCAUCGGCGCCUGGAACUACCCCAUCCAGAUCGCCCUCUGGAAGUCCGCGCCAUGCCUGGCCGCCGGCAACUGCAUGGUCUACAAGCCCAGCGAGUUCACCCCGCUCCACGCCGAGUACCUCGCCUCCAUCUACAGGGAGGCCGGCGUCCCUGACGGCGUUUUCAACGUCGUCUACGGCGCGGGCGACGUCGGCGCCGCCCUCACCACGCACCCCGACAUCGCCAAGGUCAGCUUCACCGGCCAGGUCAGCACCGGCAAGAAGGUCGCCGGCUCCGCCGCGGGCGGCAUGAAGUACGUGACCAUGGAGCUCGGCGGCAAGAGCCCCGUCAUCGUCCUCCCGGACGCGGACGUCGAGCAAGCCGUCGACGGCGCCAUGCUCGCCAACUUCUACAGCUCCGGCCAGGUCUGCACCAACGGCACGCGCGUCUUCAUCCCCAAGGCCAUGAAGGCCGAUUUCGAGCGCGCCGUGCUCGAGAAGAUCCAGUACGUCCGCGCGGGCGACCUCUUCGACCCCGCGACCAACUUUGGCCCGCUCAACAGCAAGACGCACCUUGAGAAGGUGCAGGCGUACGUCCGCAAGGGCGUCAUGGAGGACAAGGCGACGCUACUGGUCGGCGGCACGAGCCAGCCCAAGGGCCUGCCGUCGGCGUACAAGAGCGGCCACUGGAUCCAGCCGUCCGUCUUCACCGACUGCACCGACGAGAUGACGAUCGUCAAGGAGGAGAUCUUCGGGCCCGUCAUGUGCGUGUUGACAUACGACAGUGUCGAUGAGGCGGUGCGUCGCGCCAACACGACGGAGCUGGGUCUCGCCGCGGGCGUGUUCGGCAGAGAUGUCGACGAGUGCCACAAGGUGAUUUCACAGCUCGAGGCUGGUAUUACGUGGAUCAACACGUGGGGCGAGUCGCCCGCGGAGAUGGCUGUUGGUGGAUGGAAGCAGAGCGGUGUUGGUGUCGAGAACGGACGCAAGGGUCUGGAGGCCUGGGUACGGAAUAAGAGCACCCUCGUCGAGAUGGGCGGCGCCGUGCCGACGGUGUUCUCCAAGUUGUAA